UUCCGCCCCGCGCCGGUGGACGGGCAAGAUGGCGGACCCGCCGGCCCAGGAGCUGCUGCUGAGGCCGCCGCCGCCGCCGCCGCCGCCGCGGGGGGGGGACGAGAACGGCUGCGGAAACAGCCCCCCCGAGGACCCAGUUGAAGAAAAGGCUGACUCGCCAUACCUGCGCGCACGUCGCAAGCUGGAGAACCUCCUAAACAAGAGCCUGCGGAUCCGCAUGACGGACGGACGGACCCUUGUGGGCUGUUUCUUGUGCACCGACCGGGACUGCAAUGUCAUCUUGGGUUCCGCCCAAGAGUACCUGAAACCCACCGACUCCUUCUCAGCGGGGGAACCCCGAGUCCUGGGCCUGGCAAUGGUGCCAGGGCAUCACAUUAUCUCCAUCGAGGUGGAGCUGGAGAGCCUGGCGUCCUCGCAGUACAUCUGACCGUGUUGCCGGAGGGCAGCUGCCUUGGUGUUUUAGAACCCCGGAAGGAGGCAGAGAAGACACCCUGGAGCAGCGUAGCCAAGAGGUUUCUUCCACCUGCGUGCCAUAACCCUACCUGGACGAGGCCUGGGGAGUGAAAGCUGUGCUGAAAAGCUGGACCAGCAUGCUGCCCUACCUGCUGGAAAAUGGGGCGAGGGGGUUCCUGCCCUUCAGGACCUGAGAAACAGUUGACCCGGAAGGACAUGUGUAUUUGCUUCAUAUUUGUUAAAUCUCGAACUCUGCCCCA